UCGAGAUGAUUCUUAUCAGCAUUGUUCAAAUGAUCCUUUUAACGCCGGCUGUUUAGUAUGUAAUACUGUUUAGGCUAGUGAAGACAUUAGCCAUGUUCCGCCUAGUCAUAGUGGCUGCCUGCCUACUCAUCUGCAGCAAUGCUAGCGACCCAAAUUACAGACUGAACACGACAAUAAAACCCUCCAAAUACGCUAUCAGCAUCAUGCCAUUCUUCGACACCGGUGACGAAAGAGCUUUCACCUUUAACGGUGACGUGACCAUCACGUUCACCAGUGAUGAGCCAAUCAACCAAAUAAAGCUACAUUCACAAGACCUCACCUUCAGUAGCGAUAACAUCACCAUCGGCAAUUCUGCAGGAGCUGUGCCUUUGAAUGAAACUAAUGCAUUGGAAUUCGACUCCGCGUACACCUUUGCGCAUAUAAAUCUCCAAGGCGCUUUGCAAGCAGGCGUUGAGUAUACGCUGAGAAUUUUAUACGAAGGACCAAUUAGAGAAGAUCUGACUGGGUUCUACAGAAACAACUACAUUGAAAAGGGAGUCAAAAAAUGGUUGGGGGCUACGCAAAUGGAGCCCACGCACGCAAGAAAAGUGUUCCCGUGCUUCGACGAGCCCGAACUGAAGGCUGUGUUCACACUCACCAUAAUGCGCCCAGCUAGUUAUAAACCCUCGUUGACUAACACUAAGAUUGCUGCUACUACGGAUUUAUCCAAUGGUUACGUCCGAGAAGAUUUCCACCCGACUCCUCGUAUGUCCACAUACCUCGUUGCCUUCCUCGUCUCCGAGCUAGAAGCUCAAUACUACAGCUCCAACAAUUCGAUGGAGUUCGGCGUCUUUGCCAGACCAGAAGCCACGAACCAAACUGAAUACGCCUUCGACUUUGGCAAGAGGGUAGUUGACGCUUUGGGAGACUACUUCGGGGUCAACUACUACUCUACAAAUAACCAGCUGAAGCUUGACCACAUUGCGUUGCCCAAUUUCAGAGCUGGUGCUAUGGAGAACUGGGGUCUGGUUAAGUACAGGGAAGCGCUUCUCCUGUACGUUCCUGAGGAAUCUGGACCCUACUACAAAUACCGGGUAGCGCAGAUCGUCGCUCAUGAGACCACCCACAUGUGGUUCGGGAACCUCGUCACGUGCCACUGGUGGAGCAACACAUGGCUGAACGAGGGCUUCGCGAACUACUUCCAAGAUUACAUUACUGCUUUGAUCGAGCCCGAAGUAGGUUCAGGCAAUAUCCUGGUCACCGGGUCGGUCUACGCGGCGCUUGAUGCUGACGAGUCCCCUUCAUCACCGCCCAUCACCAAUGACAAUGUCUCCUCCCCUGCUGAGAUCAGUGAACACUUCGGUACCAUCACCUAUCAGAAAGCGGGAUCGGUGAUCAGGAUGAUGCAUCACCUUAUUGGCGACGAGGCUUUCAGGAUUGGAUUGAAUUCGUACUUGACUACCAAUCAAUUCCAAGCUGGCUACCCCGAACUGAUGUAUUCGGCUCUGGAAAAGGGAGUGAAUACCACGAAUUCCUUAGCAUUGUACCCUGGUCAUACCAUUGGAGACAUCAUGAGCUCCUGGAUUUCACAAGCUGGACACCCGGUGUUGGACGUUCAGGUCAAUUACGAAGCGGGUUCCGUUACUUUAACUCAGAGACGAUUUUACAUCAACGGGUCACACACAUCGGAUGAGACAUACAAAAUCCCGAUCACAUACACCACUGGUGACAACCCUAACUUCGUGAAUACUAAACCAGCGUUCAUCAUGGAAGGAAAAACGCACACUUUUAACAUUCACAACUUCACGCAAACCUGGAUUAUUUUUAAUCUGCAAGAGACAGGAUUAUACCGAGUAAAAUACGACUCGCAGUCUUUGCAAAUGAUAAUCAAGGCUUUAAAAGGUGGUGAAUUGGAGAAAAUACAUUAUUUGAAUAGAGCUAAGAUUAUAAACGACCUAUUCGCUUUCUACUUUGCCGAUGAGGUGUCUUUCAGUACAUUGAACGAUGCUUUGCUCUACUUGCAAUCUGAAACCGACUUCAACGUUUGGUACGCCGCAAUCAGAGGUCUGAACAAACUUAGGAGUAGGUACCUGGGUACCGAUACCGUAGCUGAUAUUAUCGAUGCUCACACACUACAUCUGCUGCACAAUACAAUCGCUUAUUUAGGCUUCGAAGAGCGAGAGUCGGACGACUUUGAGACGAUUCGCAACCGCAUGCAAGUUUUGGAGUUGGCCUGCAAGCUGGACCAUACGGAGUGCGUGGAACAUUUCGUCGCUAAAUUCAGAAACUUCGUUGACAAUGGUGUAGUGAUCCCGCCCAGUCUACGACCGGUCGCAUACUGCACUGGUCUUCGCUACGGUACUGGUGCUGACUACGACUUCAUGUGGCAACGCAUGUCCACCACCAACGUAGCUAACGAAGCCCGGCUCAUCGGUGAGGUCCUGGGCUGCACCACUGACGAAGCUAGCUUGAAGAAGUUCCUAGUUUCAAUGCUGGAGGAGAACAGUCCCAUCAUGUCUCAAGAUCUCACGGUCCCCUUGAGUGGCGUGGUGGGUAACCACAGCCACGUACACAUUGUGAUCGACGGUCUGAAGAACAACUUUACACUGUGGAGUAGCAUCUAUCCAUCAAUGGAUACGGUCUUCAAUGCAGUGGCAGGAGCUCUUCGAACUGAAGCUGAAAUAAAUGAAUUUGAAUCCUGGCUAAACUCCUGCACAGAGUGCGGUGACAAAGAUGGCGCCCUCGCCACUCUAGCCUCAGGCAGAGCCAACGCCAUGUGGGUGGAGAGCCACAAAACCGAACUGCUUAACGCAUUCAAGGGCCAUGCGGUGGCGCUGCCGUCGUCUCUCGCCCUGAUCGUCUUAUGUUUGGCAGUCUUGAGACUCAACUAGAUAUCACACAUGAAUCCCGAUUCAUUUGUAAGAUGAGAUUUGAGAUAGGUUUGUGUAACUUUACCUAUUUUAAUUGUUUUAGUAUGAAGACUGUUGGUGCUUUUCAGAUUUUAAGAAUAAUGUAUGUACGUGCUUAUAGUUUUGAUAAAUGAAGAGAUGUCGCUCCACUAUGUUGUAGAUAGUCUUAUCUAUAAGUUUAAAACUUAGACAACAGGUACUUACAAACGUAAACUAAGGACAAUAAUUGUGUAUCGAAUUGCCAAAUAUUUUAUGAUAAUAAAAUUACUUUUAAGCUC